UGAUUAGCAACUUUUCGACCCUAUGCGCUUAUAGUGUGCAUUCAAUCUUUGUGGGGUCUAGAUAAUUCCCAUUACAACUCUCAUAUACUGCCAACGGCGCAUGUGCAUCCCCCGAAAGUCGGAACAUUCCUCUGAAGUCAUAUCCAUUCGCCAUGUACGGCGAACACGGAAAUAAGCUUGUGCAACAUGCCAAGCGCACUCAAGCUCUCACCCAUCUCCCUCCCUACCAAACCGAACUGGUCCGUUCCGUAGCCCGCGAAGUACGCGACCUCGACCGUGAUGUCGCACACCUCCUCGGGCCUUUCGAAGGCAGUUUCAAUCCGUCACAAGAACCAGCCGUCGCCUGUGCCCUUCUAGUGGAUCACCUCUGUAUGCGCCGCAACAAACGAUGUCUACUUGCCUACCACCGUGUUCGCGCCGAGAAGCUCGAGGAGCUAUGUUGGAAUGGCGUCGAUUUGCUCGAACAGCAGCUACCGACUGCAGACGAAGGGGCUGCAGGUGCAUCUGGCCAGGGGAGCGGGGGUUAUGCAGCGAUGAGCACUGCGAGUGGGAACCACAGUUCGUUGAGCCCGGAAGAAGAAGAGUACUUCCGGCAAUAUAGCGAUCUCCUGGCGGCGUAUAAGGGACAAUGGACGGAUAUUGAUCUUACGGGAAGCCUGGAGCCCCCGAAGGAUCUCUUCAUAGACGUGAGGGUCUUGAAGGAUGCGGGGGAGAUUCAGACUGAGUAUGGGGUGAUCAAUUUGACGAAAAACAGCCAACUCUACGUGCGGCAAGGGGAUGUGGAACGGUUAAUCGCGCAGGGGUUUUUGGAGCGUCUGAGUUGAUGGGGGGUGAUGAGUUUCAGAUUAUGCAAUUUAUGUCUUAUGAUACCCAAUGAAUGAUGCCUCAAGAACGGAGUAUAGUACAGGACGGUCUAGCCAGGAUAUGCUGUGUAGCGUUGUUUUGAAU